UUCACCAUGGUAACCCACAACGAAGUAUAAAAAUUUUCAGUCAUUCAAAAUUCUUGUGUGUACCUAAAUUUACAAGUUUUUCCGGCAACAAUAGAUCAUUAUAACAAACUACAGAGUCGAGAGAGAGAAUCGGGGCAUCAGAAGACAUAACGCCAUGAGGGUGGGGGCGCCAUGAGAAGAUCGUGCUCGGAUGAGACCACUUCCAGCUCGGACUCGUGCGAUUUGAGCAGCAGCUCCGAUGACAGCGUUUGCCAGUGCGACGCCCACAGCUCGUCAGCGUCUUCGGACUCGGACAGCGUAGGCCAUUGCAGAAGCCGCGAGUAUGUUUGCCGUGGGCCCUCGAGCUUCGGACCUGGCUUCAGACACCCCCACCAGACACAGCCACAGCGCCAAUCCCCCAAACACUCUGCCCCAUCCUCGAGAAGAACCUCGUUCCAAAAGGUAGGUGGGACCCAGAGACACAGACUAAGAUCAGGCCAUCGUGAUUCUCGAACGAGUGGGAAAGAUGAGUGUGCUAGAGAUCGUAAACGCAAAGCGACCUGGGGAAGUGUAGAUGCGAAUCACCCUGUAAACAAUUCAACCCAAGAGUACCGUUGCUUGAAGAAAGAAGGGUCCAACAAGUUCACUUGUGUCAUCGUCGAGAAACCCAAGGUGCCAAAAUCCAUCAUCAGUUGGACCGAUAGCAGCGCAAGAGAUUGCUCCCUGAACAUGAGAGGCAACGCAGGUGCCGAUGAUCCGAAAGACGCGAAAUCGCCUUCGCCCUCUAAAGAGCAAUGCCUUCAAAAAGAAGUGAACAUCAAGAAAGAACCUGUUUCGAGUAGCGACUCCAUCUCUGCAAAAGAUCCGUGCCCUCAGAAAAAAGAAUCGUCCCCCAAGAAGGAUCCCUGUAUCAAGAAAGAGGUAAGUGGUCAUCGUGGGCGCUCUCCGAAUAAAAACGACUGCGCGGCGCAAAGUAUUUGCUCCCGGGGUAGUUCCUGCUCCAAGUCCAGCAUCUGCAAGAACGGCAAUAACUUCGAGCCUAAAGAAAGUUACUGCUCCGAAGCAAAUACCAACAAAGGUAGCGAUGUCGGCGGCGCUGUCAAGGGUAACGAAACUUCCGAUGCGAAGAACAACCUUUGCAAUCUGAAGUGCGGCGUUCCUUCCAAUGAUAAGAGCACCGAUCCCUGCAAAAUGAAACGUAGCGAUUCCCCGAAUACCAAGAGCAGCGAUGUCUGCAAAGCCAAGAGCAAGGAGGUCUGCAAAACUUGGGGUAGUGCUUGCAAAGCUAAGAGCAACGAAGUUUGCAAAGCUAAAAGUAACAAUGUCUGCAAAGCGAAGAGCAGCACCUCUACCACCAAGAGCUCCGGAUCCUGCGACGCGAAGCGCACCAAUUCCUGCUGCGCGAAGCACAGUCGCUCCUGCACGAAGUGCAACAAAAAGACCAGUUCCAACGCGAAGGAUCCCUGCAACACGCAGAAAAACCACGAAGUAUCGAAGAGUUGUCGCAUCAACGUCUGCCACUCGGAUUCGCAAGGGAACGUCUGCUACGCGGCGUCGAAGAAAGUCAGCGAGUCGGCCAAGAAUUUCCCCGAAUGCGAAAAAGGCUCCCAAACAAACCUAUGCAAACAAGCUAGGAGAAAUUCUUGCAAGCGAGAUUGCCCCACCAAGCCAAGCGACCACGAGGUCAAGAAAUCUAAGCCUGACCCUUGCUCAAAGCCUCAGGUUUGUUCCGCAAAGCCAGUUUGCGGAAAGGAUAUUAAAAAAGCCGUCGCAGACAAAGCCUCUCAGACGAUGAUCAGGUGCUCCACGAAGAAGCGUCCUGAUGAGCGGAGAUGCUCCAGAAACAGUUCGGGCACUCAGGGGAGCGAGAGACAGAGCGACAAGAAGAGGGAUGUCUGCUCAAAGCGUGCAGCCAGUGUCUCUCCCAAAAGGAGCGCUGACAAAUAUUCCAUCAGUGAGCCUGGAUGUAGCCUUGCCUGUAAGGAAUCCUUUAUGCCGACUCGAAACGACCCUUGCGCAGAGAUCGCUCGUACCAGUUGCAGCAUGAAGUCCGACGACCUUAAGUCCGUAGAGUCGGAAGCAUCGUGUAUUUGCGAAUGCGGGGACCCAACAUGCGACGUGACCAUACGGCCCAGAUCGAGGAGGCCGAAGAGAAGCCUCCUGAAGAAGAUCUUCUGCAAGAGGAGGAGGACACCAAGAGAUCGCUGCGACAGGAAUGAGGAUAAAGAGAGGCGUAAGCGCGAGAAGCAGUGCGAGAAAGAAAGGAAAUGCAGGGAGAAAGCCGAAAGGAAGGCAAGGAAGGCUAGGGAGAAAGCAUGCAAAAAGAGACGCAAGGAAUUAGAGAAGGCUAGGAAAAGAGGGGAAAAGCAGAGGAAGAAGUGUGAGUGCGAGAUAGCGAAGGCGUGCAAAAAGUUGGAGAGGGUGAGUAGUAAAUGCGAGAGAAAAACGAGUAAGUAUCAGAGAGAUGUGAAAUGUAAAGAAGAGGUAUGCAUGAAAAGUUGUGUAUCAAGUUCCUCUAGUGAGGACUCAAAUCACUGUUAGGAUAAUUUCUCUUUUAAUAGCGAGCACCCACCAUCCACCACAAAAAUUUGGGAGGAACGGGUUUUACUCGUAAAGAAGCAUAAAUCAUGAGUCUUAUUGAUAUAUAGCAACGAAUUUAUGAAGGUAAAGAUUGGCACCGUUGAAAUUGGUUAAAUUUGACAUCGUGCAGAGACCAGAUAAAUAAAUAUACGGCACAUAUUGUCAAUCCUUACUCACGAAUCCAUAUUAACAACGUCAGUUCCUCUAACUUUCGAUGUAAAACCCCGCUAUAAAUCUUCACCUCUUUUUUUCGGUGCACCAGACGGAAUUGCGCAACUCCUCGGCAGAUCACCGAUAAAUCGAUGCAAAGACGUUUCAAGUAUGAUCAAAUCGCCAAUGCUGUUACUUGUAAUGGUCAUUUUUUCCCCUUUCUCGACUCUCUCUCUCAUUUUAUUUAUUCAUUCAUUCUCUCAUUCAUUCAUUUUUUUUAUUAUAAAAUUUAAAUUCAAGAUGAUUAUCUCUUUUCGGAAGCUUUAGCCUCGCAGUAGAAAGAUUGAAGAUGGUUUUCACCACUCCGUUGCAGAUAUUCAUCUGAAAGAACCGAAAGUUGAUGAAAUUAUCUUAAAAAUACAAUCCUGAAAUUUUCGAUGA